CGUUGACUAUCUUUACAGUGGCGUGUAAGGUGAGACGACGCGGAGCAAUUUACACAUCGCACCUUCACGUACCGAACCACUCAAAUGUAUUGGCGUCCCUGAAUUGAACGUAAAGGCAGUUCGCCAGAGUGCGAGCAGCUGACUAGUUCCAUCGCAGAAAUGGAGGGUGGAAGAGGAGAGGAGAGUCUGGAUGUGCAGGGAGCAGCAGCAGAACCAAGCUUUUCCGGAUACAAACAGACUUCCACAAAGCCCGUUUGGACUUUGCUGGAGGAUGCAGCCCAAAUGAAAACUGAAGGGAACGCUUUCUACCGAGAGAAAAACAUUCGCUCAGCCAUCGGGCGUUAUCACCGGGCUCUGCUGGUCCUCCGAGGCCUCGACUCUGAAGUGAUGACGUCAAUGAAAGGAUUUGGACAUGAGAUGCCUGCACUCACACCUGAACAGGAGGCUGCACUGAGAAACACACAAGUGGAUUGCUACAACAACUUAGCUGCCUGUUUGCUGCAGAAACAGAGUGUUGACUAUGCUCGUGUGCGGGAAUACAGCCUGCGGGUACUGCAGUGGCGACCGGGUGAUGUCAAAGCAUUGUACAGGGCUGGAGUAGCCACUCUGGAGAUGGGAGAUGCACAGACUGCCAAACAGUAUCUCACCCAGGCCUGCGGUGUGCAGCCUAAUGAUGCCAAUGUGAGGAAGCACCUGCAGAGGGCCGAGGAGAAACUGAAUCGGGAGUUACAAAAAGAGAGGGCCAUGUAUCGAGGCAUGUUUUCCUCCAGCCUGAAGAGCAGCUCCGGGGGAGAGAUUAACCAAACCAGUCGAGCUGGUGAGGGAGUUUAGCCUGCCAGCUCAAGGAGCCAGUCGUGGCCUGAGACAGACUGUUGAACUGAUUACAAACCAAUUGAAGAAUGUUCACACAUAUUGAAUCACUUAUCAUGUUAGUGUAUCUCUUUUAGGUGUUAAAGAGGUCAGUUUAGGAAAGUAGGAAUGGAACAUCUUAGAGAUUACUGGAAUGCAGUCAGUAUGAGAGAAAAGAUGUCGCCACUGAAAAUAGAAAGGAGACGUCUUAGUUUCCUAGCAACACGGAAACAAAGUUGAUUUUUAGUCCAAAAGAGCAAGAGUCUGGGUAUUUCACAAAAUGCUUGUGGAGGCUUAAGUGAGACUCUCCAUGCACUACCCGAAGUUGUGAUUAUGUCUUCAUGAUUGCAGUUGUCUGGUCAGUGUUGUGAAUGUUUUCUUUUUGAGUUUUCAAUUAAAAUAUUUUUUCAGUAAUAA